AUGCCAGUUCUACUCGACAAGAUGGAGGAUAACAGAUUAAAUAAGAGUACCAUAUCAAAUACUGUAGGUGAAACAAAUAAUAAUAAUAAUAAUGCAAUGUCGAUUGAACAUUCAUGGAAAGAUAUCGGUUUUUUUCUAUUUUCAGUAGGUAUGGUGGUUGGACCUCAUAUUGGGUAUAUGUUUCAAAUUCAUGAGAUGUCUACUAAAAGAAAUGUAGAAGGAUAUUCUCCAAUUGUCUCAGCAAUUCUUUUAUUAAGUAAUAGUAUUCGUAUUCUCUAUUAUAUUGGAUAUCAAUUUGCCCUUGCGCUUUUAUUUCAAUCCGUACUCGCCGUUGUGGUUCAUCUCUUAUUAUUAUUGCUUGUUGUACAUAUUGUGCAGGUGGACUAUCAUAUUGAUAGUGAUUCUCCCGAGGCCAAUGGAGGGGAAAUGACAGAAACUGGAGUAGAAAUAAAUAAUAAUAAUAAUCAUAAUACUAUUAAUAAUCAUAAUAAUAAUAAUGGGAGUACACCUGUUGAAGUGACACAAGGUGUAGAUCCGAAUACCGUAAUUGUGAGUGAAGGUGUCUCACAUUGCUUUGCAUUUCUUUGGUUAGAUCAUCAGGCUUCUAAGAUUGAACUUGCCAUUUUAUCUCUUUCCCCUUCUGGUCUUGUACGUUUAUACUUCAUUUGGCUUUUCAUUGCCAUGAUGGUCGUUCUUGUUUAUUAUGCCAUUGUUGGCGUGCCUGUUGUUGUUGGAUAUGUGGCUCUUGGACUUGAGGCUUUAUUGGUUUUACCGCAGAUUCUGCGAAAUCACCGUCGAUGUAGUACCGCUGGACUCACCAUGAUGCUUGUGUUGACAUGGGUAUUGGGAGAUCUCAUUAAGGUGGUGUAUUUUAUUGUAGAUAAGCAACCAUUGCCAUUCCUUGUCUGUGGAUGUAUACAAAUAGGAUUGGAUGUGAUUGUGGUAGCCCAGGUUAUUUAUUAUCACUUUCAUAAUAAUGGUAGAAUGGAGAAUAGAGAACGGCAGACAUCGGCGGUUGUGGGGAUUGGGGAGGAUUUGCAGGUGGAGACUUCAGUCGCCACACCAACAGCCAUGGAAGGGGAAAUAGUGCGGCCAAACUCUGUUAACAAGUAA